AUGGUCACACAACUUGAUGCUGCAGAGCGCCGAAAGCGCAAAUCAAGCAAGUCGAGAGAUGGCCCCAAGCGGAAGCAGAAACGGAGGAGACCUACGGACGACGAACCUCAACAGGUGGACCAACGCCUUCUGGAACUUUUGACCGGCAAGAAUGAAGAGGAGGAUUUGAAAAAGAUUGAUUCGGAAAACUCCUCCGAGAGCGAGGAAGAGGAAAGCGGUUCAUCGAGCGGUGAAGAUGAGGCCUCAGAUGCGGACGAAAAGCCAGCGGAAGAGAAUGAGACGGCUGCAGGGGCCGCGGCAGCAUCCGGAGCGACAAACGACACCUGGCCGCGGCGAAUUUCCGACGCUCAUGCGAAGAAGGUGAACGUCACGGUGUUGCUCGAGCGUGCCAACCUAGAAACGGUGAAGCAGAGCGGGCGGUCGGGCGGGAUGGUGCUGCUGAACUGCGAGGAUCACCGGCAUGUGCUGAAGAAGUCGGGGCGCGACGCAAACGACGCGCGCCCGGACAUCACGCACCAGUGCCUGCUGGCGCUGAUGGACAGCCCGCUGAACAAGGCCGGGAGGCUCAAGGUGUACAUCCGCACGGCGAAGAACGUGCUCAUCGAGGUGCACCCGCAGACGAGGGUGCCGCGCACGAUACGCCGCUUCUCGGGCUUGAUGGCCGAACUGCUGGAGAAGUUUAAGGUGCGCGGCACCAGCGGGUCGACGCCGCUGCUCAAGGUUAUUCGCAACCCGAUCACGAGCCACUUGCCAGUCGGGACGAGGAAGGUUGUUUGCACGUAUAACACGGAUAAUAUUGUCGAUAUGAGGGAGCAUGCGGCGAAAAUGGCGGCGCUUGCGAUUCCAGAGGGCUUAAACGUGGGGGAAGAUGAGGAGGCGAUCGAAGAGCAAGCGGAGGAGGUGAACGUGCUUUACGUGAUCGGGGCGAUGGCGCAUGGCAAAGUUAGCGAGGAUUGGGCCGAUGAUAAUAUAUGUGUAAGUGAGUAUCCGCUUUCCGCGGCGACGGUAUGCUCCAGAUUGACGUACACAUAUGAAUGUCUCUUUGGGAUUUUGUAAUUGGCUAGAGCUGUUGAGCAAAAACGGCGGAGUAUAUAAAAAACACAGUCCAUGACGGUGGGGAUGGAAAA